GCACACGCACGUCACGCACACAAAUGCGAGAAAAUAGAUAGCGCAAAACGGAGUCCAAAAUCCUAAUCGGCAAUCGUAACAAUAAUUUAUGUCGCGACAAACGAAAUAGGCCAUUUACGAAUAUUACAGUAGUCGGUAUUUAGUAUUUACUGUUUAAUGACGUUGCCGCAAAAAAUAUCUCCGUCAUUAUUGUACAUUAUUUUAACUCGACAUUAAACAACGGUCACCGAAAUCGUCGUCGUCCGUAGGCACUUGCUGUACGCGCGGAGCUCUGAUACGUUUGAUCUAACGUACCAUCGUCAAUUGUUCGCGCUCCGUGUACUCGUAUGACCGUGUAGACGUUGACAUCCGCCGACGUGUUUUCGUACAGUAUUCCGGGAAACAGAAAAUUGCCACAUCCCUUCGUCAUUAUCAUCGUGACGGAACGGAGAUAAUACGGUUUAGGUAGCGGACGGUGCGUGUAAAUUUCGAGUACAGGCAUGUUGUGAUAUAUAUUCGAGUGGUUGGUGGACGGAUACGGUGUUUUGCUUACGUGAUUAGAUUUUUUCUAUUCUCUCCUUUCUGGUGACCAAGGAACCUUGAGCUACAUACCGAGUUGACAAACUGUGUCAAGUUCAUAUGCCCUGGACGUUUUUCAGGUUUACGAUUUAAAUCUUGGCUUCACCAUGGAACACAGAUACAACUAUUUCCAGCAAAACCCCAAUUCUCUUGUUAAUGGACAGCCAGCGUUUAACCGACCGUCUGCUGAUGGGAUUCAAUCAACCAAUAAUUACUCAGGAAGCAUACCAUCCACUUCUCCUUCAAAUCAAUCACCAUUUCAUGAAAAAAUGCAUUCAAAUCCUAAUAAAGUUCCAUUGAUGAAUAAUCAUUUAUAUCAAAUGGAUUCUGCUAAUCAACCACCACGUUCAUCUGGGCCACCUAGGACUAAUGCUAAAGGAAUUUAUGAAAAUACUCAGUCUUCAAUCUCAAAUGUUUUAAGUCUUACUCAAUCAAAUAAUGCUGACAACUAUACAAUAAAUCCAGACUUUCAGCUUCAACCUCAUCUUACUGCUUUGUUACCACAGCAAUCUAAAAAAGUACCAGAAUUGUAUCCAGUAGGUAAAUACAAUACUAGUAAAGGAUCCAUAGCAGAAAAUAUGAAUACAAAUUAUUUUUCUUCAAAUAAACCUUAUCCUGAGCCCAAAAUUAUUGAGUAUGAUUUGGAAGAAACAUCUACUGAAAGUUCACCUCAACAUACUUCUUCAUUAUACUCUGAAAGUACAGAUCAAGAUUCAGAAAGUACACAUCCGAAUAAUAUAUUUCCUAGGCAUAUAUUGAAUAAAAGUACUGAGUGUCAUGUUACGAAGGAAUCAAAAACAAUUUCAACUCCAAAUCAAGAGUUUCCUGUACCUAGCCAAUUUGCUGAUUUUAAUCUUGAGAAAAAUGAUAGUGUUGAUGAUCACCAACAUUCCAUCUUACAUAGUGCUUAUAAUCAAGAUGAUGAAAUUAUCGAAGACAUUCCUUUAUUUGAUAAUAUUAAUCCAAAUGAAAUAGAACCUGGCUUAGAAAAUCAAGAAAAUAUUGAAUCUCAUUUUAAUGAACAAAGUUCAAACAUGCCAAGAGCUCAAACAUUUGGAUCGUAUGCUACUAAAGAAAAUUUUGAACAGACAAAAUAUAACUAUGAAAAUAAACAAAGUUUAUCUUCUUCUGUUUAUAGUAACACGAAUAACUACUCGUCUUAUUAUGAUGAUAAAUCUUCAAACGCUCAAAAUUCUUCUCAGAUUAAUAAAGAAUUAUAUUUUAAUCAAGCAAAUGCUUUGACUCAGCCUAGUUCAUCAAAUAGUUCAAUUUUACAACACUCACAAAGAAAAGCAAUAUUUCCUUAUGACAAUACCGAACUGUUUAAAGAUCAUCACGUAUCAUCAAGUAUUCAAAAUUAUAAUGAUGAUUUUAACUCAGAAAAUUUUAAUCAACAAAACAAAUACAUUCAACACGAUAUUCAAAAAUCAAAUGUUCCUCCAGUUGAUUCUGUAUUACAAUACAAUAUUAAUAGUAAUACACAAGAUAAAAUAGUUUUAAAAAAUGAUGAAAUAAAAACUUCAAGUGUUGAUGCAUUAAAAAACCAGACUAUGAAUUCUUGUGCUACUAAUUUGUAUAAUCAACAAAAUGAACAGGUUAUUGAAUCUAUUAGCCAGCAAUCAAUGUACAAUUCUUCAAAACCGCCUGCAUCUGAAUUGUUGAAUAAUAGUCAACCUACAAUUAGCAAAGAGUUUAUAGCUCACAGUUCAUCAUUAAUAUCUACUCAGUCUUUUGGUUCGGCGAAUUCAGCUACCAUUGCAGCUCCUUUAAGUUCAUUUUCUGUAUCUGAAGGAGAAGUUCAAGAUAACCAGAAUACACAACAUCAAAAAUCUGAUGAUCAGGGUAGUAAUUUAUCAAAUUUAUCUAAUAUUGCUAAAAAUAGUCCAACUAUUUUGUUAAAUCAGGACUCAACAAAAGUUGUACAAUCUGAGAUUGAUACUAAACUUUCACAAUCUCCAAUUAGUAGCAUACUUGAAAAUCAACAAGAAACAACAGAUGAUCAAAUUAAACUCAAAAAUAUGCAGUUAAACGAAAAUCAACACGAUGAAGUAAAAUCAAUGUCUCUACCAUCUAUUUCUUAUGUUACUCAGCCUAAUGAUUUAUUUAAUCAUAAGAGUAUGACUUCUCAACUAGAAACAAAAAAUCAAUUUAUACCUCAACAAUCUAUAAUUGAUGAUAAUAUAAAAUUUUCUAAUAAACCUUUAAAUGUUGGUUCCCAAUCAGUUAAUAACCAAAAUGUGACUGUACAACAAUCUGUACCAACUACAAGUCACAGUGUUAGCCAUUAUUUUGAUUCAUCAAAUAUAAAUAAUACAUUUUUAUUUAAUCAACAGUCAUCUAAUUUGCAAUCUAGUAGUCUAUUACAAAAUAUACACACACAGGAUAAACCUAUUGUUUCAAAUAUUCCGACUUCAGAUAAAUCAAACAAUUGUACAGUAUUUUCUAAUGCACAAAAUACCUCAAUAAAGUUGUCUUCAAAUCAGCAACCAUUGUUGAAGAAAAGUGAAUCAGAAAUAGCUGAAAGCUUAAAAUUAGAUUCUGAUCUGUCAUCAAAGGAAAAUUUACAUUUUUCAGAAUCUUUUUCAGCUCAAUCAAAUAAUUUGAAUUUUGAGUCAUUAGAAAAUAAUGAAAUUUUAAUACCCAAUGAUCAAUUUUCCAACAUGGCUAUUGAUAAGCAACAAAUUAUAUCUGAUAAUAAAAUUCAUAUUCAGGAACAAUCAACACCUACUUCUUACUUUACAAAAGACAUAUCUCUUGAUAAAGAAGAACAUCCUAUUGAAUUUAAAAACGUUUCUACUACAUUACUAGACAAUAACAGUUCAGAGCCUAAUUUAGAAGUCGUUAACAAAUUCCAAUCAAUACAAAGUAAACAAACAGAUUUAGCAUCAUUAAAUUCAGAUUUACCAAUAAACCAUGAGGUUUCUCCACUGUCAAUAAGUAAUCAAAUUAUACCAGAUAAUAAGGUAGUUGGUCAACUAGAAGCUAAUCAAUUUCCUUCACAAUAUUUUAGUAAUAAAGUAACAUCAAAUGAAAUUUUAUCAUCAUCUAAUCAGUUACCAACACAAAUAUUCAACAAUCAACCAAAGUUGAAUACUAUACAACCACUUCAAUCAGCUUCAAGUCCGUAUACAACACAACCGUUUAUUAAUCAACCAACAUUAAAUAUUGUUUCUUCAGCACCUAAUCAGUUACCACAAAAAACGUUUGAUAAUCAACCAAAACUUAAUACUAUACAGCCUCUUCAGUCUGCUUCAAAUUUGUAUACAACACAACCAUUUGAUAAUCAACAAACCCCAACAACAAUUCCAUCAGUUUCAAAUCAAUUACCAUCACAAAUAUUCAGUAAUCAACCAAAACCUGAUAUUAUACAGCCUCUUCAAUCUGCAUCAAAUCCAUGUACAACAAAACAAUUUAUUAAUCAACAAACUACAACAUCAAUUUCAUCAGUGUCAAAUCAAUUUCCACCACAAAUGUUCAAUAAUCAACAAACAUCUAAUAGUGUACCCCCUCCUCAGUUUGUAUCCAGUUCAUAUCCAACACCAAUUGUUUCAACGUCAACUAAUUUGACAUCUACAAUGUUUAGUAAUCAACUAGUAUCUAAUAAUGUAUCACCCCCUCAAUUCACAUCAAGCUCAUAUCCAACUCCAACUGCUUCAACAGCCACUAAUCAAUUGCCACCAACAUUGUUUAGUAAUCAAUCAACAUCAAAUACUAUACCUCUUCAGUCUGCAUCAAAUUUGUAUCCAACACAAGCGUUUAGUAACCAGUCAAACCCAAUUAUUGUACCAUCAUCAGGUAUUAAUCAAUUUCCUCCUCAAAUUUUUGAUAAACAACCAAAAUCAGUAGUUAUGUCACAUAAUCAAACCGUAGCAAAGGCGCUUGUAAAUCAACCUGUGAGUUCAGCAUGGCCUUCACCAGCUACUAAUCAAUUUCAACCACAAAUAUUUAAUGGUCCAAUUAAAUCGGAAGCCUCUUCUUUUCAAACAUUAUCUAAUCAGUAUGCGUCACAACCAUUCAAUAACAAGACAAUAUCUAAUAUGAUUCCACCUAUUCCUUCAGCAGCAAGUCAGUUACCUUCACAAAUUUUAAAUAAUCAACCUAAAUCAAAUGUUGGUCCUAUUCAAUCAACAAAUGAUCAGUAUUUAUUCAAGCCAUUUAAUAACCAACAUACACCAACUACCGUUUCAUCAGCUGUUAACCACCAGUUACCAACACAGCUGUUCAGUAAUCAACCUAAAUCAAAUGUUGUCACUCCUCUUCAAACAACAUCAAGCCAGUAUAAUUUACAAGCACCCAAUAACCAACAAACAUCAAAUUUUAUUCCACCGGUUUCAACUCCUCAAAUAUCUACUAAUCAACCUAGAUUAGACGGUGGUUCAUCUAAUAAACUAUCCAGUCAAUAUCAGUCUCAACCACUCAUUAACCAAUCUAUAUCGAGUGUUCCACCAAUCCAACAAACAAUUAAUCAAUAUCCAUCACAACCAUUCAGUCAUCAACCUAAACCAAGCAAUUUCCCAACUUCUCAAACAGUCAAAAAUCAAUAUCCUUCACAACCGUUUACUAAACAAUCGGGUCAACAAGUAUUAUCAAAACAAAAUCUUCAACAGACUUCAAGUUAUCAGUCUUUUAAUCAAUCAAAUUCAAUUCAACCAGUCCAAAAUCAGUGGCCACCAGCUAAUUUUUCAUGUCAAACUACUAACCCAAUGCCGAUGAACACAUCUUCUAAUUUGUCUACUAUGCCUCCCAAUGUUAAUCAACAAAGUCAAAUGCUUGGUACUCAUAUGUUGCCACCAAAUCCAUUGUCUUCAAAUAAUUACUACAAUCAAGUUGAAGGAAUUGGAAAUGUCCAACAGCCUCAGUCUUCAAAUCCCAAUUUACAGUUAGCAUCCAAAGGAUAUCCACCACAAAAUAACACGGGUUUUUCUAGUCAAACUAAUUAUCAGCAACCAAAUGCUCUUCUUAGACAACAAGGAUUUAAUAAUCAACAACAAGAACAGUAUAGACCAGAACUGAAUUCUUCAGUUGUACAACAAGGUUUUUCUAAGACAUGGGGAUAUGACAAUUUGGACUUGUUGAAAUCAAGGGAUGUACUGCCAGGUGACGGAGUUCAACCCCCAGAGAUUAAACUUCCUCAAGGAUAUGCUAAUUGUGAUAAUUGUUCUCCUGAUAUAUUCCGAUGUACAUUAAAUAAGUUUCCAGCUUCAAAGAAUUUGCUAGACAAGAGUCGAUUGCCACUAGGGAUUUUAAUACAUCCUUAUAAAGAUCUUUCACGUUUAACUGUGAUACAAUGUGAAACUAUUACAAGAUGUCGAAACUGUCGUUCAUAUAUAAAUCCAUUUGUUCAAUUUAUCGAUAAUGCCCAUUGGAAAUGUAAUUUAUGUUAUAGAGUUAAUGAAUUACCUGGGGAGUUUCAAAUUGAUCCGUAUACUAAAACACUUGGUGAUCCUUCGAGAAGGCCAGAAAUACAAAAUGCCACUAUUGAAUACAUAGCUUCACAAGAUUAUAUGGUUAGACCUCCACAACCAGCUUUAUAUCUAUUCCUUUUAGACGUAUCACGAACUGCAACUUUAACUGGAUAUUUAGAAAUAGUUUGUGAUCGAAUUUUGAAUAAAAUUAUGGCAGAUGACAUACCUGGUGAUUCCCGAACUAACAUAGGUUUCAUCACGUAUGAUUCGUCUGUUCAUUUUUAUCAAAUAGCAAAUAGUGAUGGAGGACAGCCAAAACAACUUAUUGUUAGUGAUAUAUCUGAUAUAUUUUUACCAUUACCUGAUGGUCUUAUGGUGAAUUUGGAAGAAAAUAAAAUGGCUAUAAAAGAUUUGCUAACUAGUUUACCAAAUAAUUAUAAAGAGUCUUAUAAUACCGGUUGUGCCUUAGGAGCUGCACUUCAGGCAGCUUUUAAAAUAUUAGCUCCACGCGGAGGUCGUGUUACAGUGUUCCAAGCUAGUUUACCAAAUUGUGGGCCUGGUAGUUUAGAACCAAGAGACGAUGGAAACCCCCACACUGGUGAUCGUGUUCAACAUAUGGCUCCAUCUACUGACUUCUAUAAAAAACUAGCACUUGAAUGUAGCGGUGAACAGAUUGCUGUUGAUAUGUUUUUCGUAUCGUCACAAUAUUUAGAUAUUGCCACUAUUUCUGGAAUAUCAAAAUACUCAUCUGGAUGCAUACAUAAUUUCCCUCAAUUUAAUGUUAAAUCUCCAACUACAGUGACACGCUUUAUAAAUUGUUUUGAUCGAUAUCUAUCUCGUAAAAUUGGUUUUGAAGCUCUUUUGAGACUACGCUGUACACGAGGUGUGGCUAUACACUCUUUCCAUGGAAAUUUCUUUGUUCGCUCUUCUGAUUUACUCAUGUUACCCAAUGUUAAUCCUGACAAUGCGUAUGGUAUGCAGUUAUCUAUUGAAGAUAGUUUGGAUGGUGUUUCUGUUGUUUGUUUCCAGGCAGCAUUACUUUAUACUUCUAGCAAUGCGGAACGUCGUAUUCGUGUUCAUACACUAUGCAUACCAGUUACUGAAAAUUUAGAUGAUGUUUUUCAUAAUGCUGAUCAACAAGCAAUAACAUGUUUGAUAGCUAAAAUGGCUGUUGACCGAAGUACAGAAAAAUCAUUAUCUGAUGCACGUGAAGCAUUUUUCAAUGCCAUCUCAGAUUCUUUGUCUGCAUACAAACUUGGUUGCUCAUCGUAUACUGGUCCUGGAACAAUGUUGUCACCACUGUCAUUAAAAGUAUUCCCAUUGUAUAUUCUAGCUACAUUAAAACAUGCUGCAUUUAGAACUAAUCAACCUACUCGACUUGAUGAAAGAAUGUUUAGUAUGUGUCAAAUGAAAAGUUUACCAUUAAACAAUCUUAUUCAAUACAUAUAUCCAGAUUUAUAUCCUGUCUAUGCUUUAGAAGAACAGCCAAAAAUAAAUUAUGAAAAGUUGACAGAAAUUCCUCUUCCACCAGUCAUACAAUUGUCUGCAGAACGUGUUGAAUCCAAUGGUGUCUAUUUAAUGGACGACAGUGAAACAUUAACAAUAUUUAUUGGACAUAGGUGUUCAGAUAAACUUAUACAGCAGUUAUUUGGUUAUGUAAAUGCUAAUUCAAUGCCAGAACUAAUUACUACACUCGCUGAAGUGGACUCUAAACCUUCAUAUUUGUUACGUAGUUUUAUUUCAUAUCUUCAACAUUUUAAACCAUAUCCAUUACCAAUAGAAAUUAUAAAAGACAAUGGACCACAUAAAUUACGUUUUUACAGUCGACUUAUUGAAGAUAAAUUUGAAUCUUCAUUAUCUUACUAUGAAUUUUUACAACGGCUCAGUCAACAAGUUCGAUAAUGAAGUAUCAAUGCUUAAUAUACAUCUACUAAAUGUUUGUUUAUUCUCUUAUAUUUAUUUAUUUGAAUACAAUUAUAUCUAGUUAAGUUUGUAUUUUGUAUAAU